UCAAGAUUCGUGGAUACAAAGGAGAACGACUCCCAAGGGGAUUCCUCCAACCUUGACUCAGGACGCGUGCAGCUCGAGCGUGCACAUAGACUGAUUGACUAGUUACGUUUUGCCUUACCUAUCUCAGUCUUUUGUCCCCCAACGAGCAUCAAACAUCAGAAACAAAACCACCGCAAUGGCCAAGAUCUUCAUCACAGGGUCCGCGGAGGGGCUUGGCUCGCUAUCUGCCCAAGCCCUCGUCAAACGUGGGCAUUCCGUGGUUCUACAUGCACGCAACGCCCAGCGGGCCGAGGACGCACGCAAAGCAUGCCCCGGAGCCAAGGACGUAUACAUCGCGGACCUUUCGUCGAUGGAGCAGACGCGGCGCCUGGCCUCGCAGCUCAACGACAACGGUCCCUGGGACGCCAUCGUGCACAACGCAGGCAUCAUGCGGACGUCUGGCUCCUCCGGCUCAGGCUCAGGCUCAGGCUCAGGCGAAGACAGCCUUCCGCCGCUGUUUGCGAGUAACACGAUGGCGCCAUACCUGCUCACCUCGCUGGUCGACCCGCCGCCCAAGCGAUACGUGUUUGUGUCGAGCGGGAUGCACUUUGGUGGCAACGCGGCCGACUCGGCGCUGGAGAGGCCCGAGAAGGGGUGCAGCUACAGCGACAGCAAGCUCCACGAUGCGAUGCUGUCGUCCUGGUUCUCCCGCAGCCUCGCGGCAAAGGGGGUGACGUGCAACGUGCUGGACCCAGGCUGGGUCCCAACCAAGAUGGGCGGCAGCGGCGCGCCGGAGGACAUCAACGCCAGCGUCGCGACAUAUGUGCUGCUCGCCGAGGGAGGCGGUGCUGCCGAGGGACAGAGUGGAAAGUAUUGGAAGUCUAGUCAGCCAAAGAAGUGCAAGCCCGAGGUUGAAGACGAGGCAAAGCAGCAGAAGCUCAUUGCGAGCUUGACGAGGAUUACGGGUGUUAGUCCGCCGAGCUGAAUGGACAUGUCCUGGGAGCGGGGAGAUCUAAAGAAUUGCCCGUUAAUGUACAUAGCGGUCAUAUUGGGAUGCAGUAAAGAUGGACAACAAACUCGGGAAUUCUGUGUCAGCAAUCUUGUCUGAGCAAUAUAAGGAAGCAUGACCGCAUCUCUACACUCCAGGGUCGCCUGUGCA